AAGAGGUGUCAUUGUCAUUAUUGUCACUGUCACUAAUUUUAAAAGGAGCGUGUCAACAAAUUUCUGAAGAUUUUUAAGUUUUUUUGUGUAAAAAAUCUUUAGGAAGAAGGAAGAACAAUGGCUCUUCCCUCAAACUACAAACAAGUGGCCAUGCAAAUGGCUAGUCCGCAAGCAUCAAACCAUUUGAUGUCGGCUGGCGCUCCCAUGACUUUCAACAUAUUGAAAGAGAGAUUAAGAGCAUCUGGUAGUUCAAGUUCAUCAUCAUCAAAAGAGACAAAUCCGUUUGUUUCUACACCUAAUGGAAAUCCAGGAUUUGUCCCCCAAAAAGUUGGUACAGGAAAGGCUAAAACUGAAGCAAAAAUCCUGAAACCACCCAAGGCGCCAGAAAAACCUUUAAUGCCCUACAUGAGGUAUAGUAGAAAAGUAUGGGAUGCAGUGAAGGCCCAGAAUGCUGAUUUAAAACUAUGGGAAAUUGGAAAAAUUAUUGGUCAAAUGUGGAGGGAUCUGCCGGAGGAUGAAAAACAAGAAUUCAUUGAGGAAUAUGAAAUAGAGAAGGUUGAAUAUGAGAAAUCUUUAAAAACUUAUCAUAGUUCGCCAGCUUAUCAAGCAUAUAUUGUUGCAAAGAAUCGUGGGAAAUCAGCUGCUCAAGGUACCGAUGGAGAUAGCCAUGAAAGAAGUUCUGGAUCCUCAAAACAGGCUGCUGAUAGAAGAAUUGAAAUUCAGCCAGCAGAAGAUGAAGAUGAUCAAGACGAUGGGUACUCAGUGAAACACUUAGCUUAUGCUCGAUACUUGAGGAACCACCGGCUCAUCAACGAAAUUUUUUCCGAGUCUGUCGUUCCGGACGUAAGAUCGGUAGUCACGACUGGUCGUAUGCAAGUAUUGAAGAGGCAAGUUCAGUCACUGACUAUGCAUCAAAAAAAGCUAGAGGCCGAGCUGCAACAAAUCGAGGAAAAGUUCGAAGCUAAGAAACGGAAAUUCAUAGAGAGCAGUGACCAGUUUCAAGAAGAAUUAAAAAAACAUUGUAAGCCAGCCGUUGACGACGACGCAUUUGUUAAAAUGGUGGAAAAACAGUAUGAAGUUCUUAAAAAGGAGAGAUUGAAGGUGCAGGAUGAACCUAAAAGACCUGGUCAGAACGGUUCCGCAGAGUCAAUAAGUCUGAUGUCCCAGCAAAAUGGUCAUGAGGAACAAGAAGAACCGAUGGACACGACGCCUUCUCAACCUACGCCUAGCUUAAAUGGCAGUAACCAUCCCGAUAAAGCAGAAUUUCAGGCCGGACCUCAGCAAGCACCCUCUAGCGGACAUUUGCAGGCGCCCCCUAGCGGACAUCCGCCACCGGUUGUUGCAGAACAUCCUCCGCCUCAUACAGCUGUUCCUGUCGUUCCGAGUAAUGUUGCGCCUCAGAUUUCUUCUGCGCAUGUUCCAUCGCCGCAGCCUCCACCAGCUGCAGGAACACAUUCAGGACAUCCACCGCAUGGUCCACCUUCACAGAAUCCAAUGAUGCCUCCUUCUCAACCCUAUCCUCAGCAGUAUCCUCCUCAAGGAGCUCCCGUUCCUUCGCAACAAGGUGUUCCUUUACCUGCUCGGCCUCCGCCUCAUUCGGGUUAUGGAUACGCGGCUCCGCCGCAAGGAGCGCCCGGAUACCCACCGCCUCAGCAACAGGGAUAUCCACCGGCUCAGUAUCCCGGUUACGGCCAUUAUCCGCCACAGGGGUAUCCGCAGUAUCCGCCCCACGGACAGGGAAGGCCGCAUCCGUAUCCUGGACCUCAUGAAGGGGGUCCACAGGGAGAGAAUCUACCACCUCCAAGCGGUUAUGAUAGUCCGUCGGGGCAUAGCGAUGCAGGAGGCAUGGAGGGUGAAGAUAAAGGAUUCAAAAAAGAAGUUGGUAGUGAAAAGGAAAAAGACGACAGCCAGUAAAAGAAAUCUCGAUAUAUUUAGUUUAGGAGUUAAGGAGGUAAAACAUAGAAUAUUUGUUUUUUUGUAAAAAUUGUGUGGUAUAUUGAUUGAUUCUUGUUUAAAAGAAUUACAUCUUUAUUUAAAUGUGUAUACCGCCAAAACCAGUAAUUAUUUAAUUUAAGAAAAAUAUAUACACUUAUUAAAUUUUAAAAUUCAUUUAUAUACAAAUGUUGUAGGUGUAUUUUUAUUUUAAAUGAAUAUGACACAUGAACUACUUUAGUAUAUACCUUGAUAUAAUCACUGGCGUAAUAUGAGUUUCCAAGAUAUUAAAGAAUAAAGUGAUUUUUCUAGAA